CAACGCGAGUAUAUAUUCGCGCGAUAUAUGUAUACAUACGAAGGCCAAGGCGCAUGCGCGAGAGCGCGACAUAUUCGUCGGCGGCGAGGCGAGCGCGAGUCGGUUUUUAGCCGGCCUUCGACUUCCUCUUCCCGUAACGUGUGCAAUGGCGUCUGGUACACUCUACACCUAUCCGGAGAACUUCAGAGCCUACAAGGCUCUGAUCGCGGCCAAGUUCUCCGGGGCCCAGCUCAAGCUUGCCCAGGACUUCGUCUUCGGCGAGACCAACAAGUCCGAGGCCUUCCUCAAGAAGUUCCCACUUGGCAAGGUACCAGCCCUUGAAACCAGCGAUGGCCAAUACCUCUCAGAGAGCAAUGCCAUUGCUUACUACGUUGCUAAUGAACAGCUGAGGGGAAAGACUGACGCAGAGAAGGCUCAGAUCAUCCAAUGGUUCGGUUUCGCAGACUCCGAAAUCCUGCCUGCCAGCAGCGCGUGGGUGUUCCCUCUUCUGGGAAUCAUGCCCUACAACAAACAGAAUGUUGAGAAUGCCAAGGAGGACAUCAAGAAAGCUCUCACAUUUUUGAACAACUACCUUCUGACAAGGACAUACUUGGUAGGAGAGAGGAUAACGCUAGCUGAUAUUAGCGUAGCCAUGACCAUGCUGUACCUGUAUCAGUACAUCUUGGACCCCACCCUCCGCAAGCCAUACCAGAACGUGAAUAGGUGGUUCCAGACCAUCAUCAACCAGCCAGAGUCCGUUGCUGUUGUAGGUGCCUUCAAAUUGGCUGAAAAGACCCUUGAGUACGAUCCUAAGAAGUUUGCUGAAACUCAUGGAAAGAAAGAGAAGAAGGAGAAGGAAAAGAAGGAGAAGGAGCCUAAGAAGGAAAAGGAGCCCAAGAAGGAGAAGGAGCCAGCUGAAGAGCUUGAUGCUGCUGAGGCUGCUUUGGCUGCAGAACCUAAAUCGUCGAAUCCGUUUGACAACAUGCCAAAGGGUACUUUCGACUUCGACGACUUCAAACGGUUUUACAGUAACGAAGAUGAAGCCAAAUCCAUCCCCUACUUCUUCGAGAAGUUUGACCCACAAAACUACAGUAUCUGGUUCUGUGAAUACAAAUACCCAGAAGAACUUACAAAGGUGUUCAUGUCCUGUAAUUUAAUUAGUGGAAUGUACCAACGUUUGGACAAGAUGCGAAAGGCCGCGUUCGCUAGCGUCUGUCUUUUCGGCACAGACAACGACAGCACAAUCAGUGGAAUUUGGGUUUGGCGUGGACAGGAACUUGCAUUCCCUCUCUGUCCAGACUGGCAGAUAGAUUACGAGUCCUACAACUGGACUAAGCUCAAUCCAUCAGAUGAAAAGACAAAGGAACUUGUCACACAGUACUUCAGCUGGACUGGCACUGACAAGGAUGGUCGUAAAUUCAACCAAGGAAAGAUUUUCAAAUAAAUACGAUUUCGCAUUUUAAAGCCAAUAUUCGCAUAAAAAUAAAUCUGAAAAACAGCACUUUGCUAUAAAAAAAAAAUAAUCGAAAUGUUUAUAUCUCCUCAAUGGUUUCCCCUUACUAUGCAGUGCUUAUGUUCAAAUUACACAAUGCUUCAAAGAUGAGAACGUGUUUUUUGAGUAGAUAAAGACGUGUUUACUAAAA